AUGGAAGGCAAAGUUAUCGGACCGGGUCCAUACAGAGCGACCAAGCUGGUGAGUGUGUUUGUGAGUGACAGUUUGGUGGGACGUUCAGGAGCAUUAGUACAAUGACCACGUAAACUACACCAUGGGAAUGUGGAAAGUUGUAAAUAUCUGAAGUUACUGCUACACAUUUUAAUUAGUAUGAGUUUAUAUUCGCACAUUAAGCAGAGGAGAAGAUACAUAGUCAGUCGUAAGUUUUACGAGUGAAGUUUAGAGGUACUUGUGAGGCGUUGAAAAUGUCAUGUUCUGGUUUGGACUGUGGUUUGUUUUGUAUUAGAUUACUGCACGUGUCUAGCUUUAGUUGUGACUGAAUCCUAAUCAGAGAUUUGCAUUGUCAGCAGUCCCAGUUUUUAGAUUAUUUAAUGAGGUUUAAAUAAAGAAACAUCGUCAAAAACGGGUAUCUACAAGAUUUAGAGAAACUCAAUGGGUUUAAAGGAUGAAUGCAUAAUGUUUACCAACUUUAAGGUCCAUUUAAUUUCAUGCAAAAGCUUCAUCUAAAGUAUUGUAAUUUUUCUGCAGUUGUGUCCAUAACAUUAGUUUCUAUUCCGAAUAUUCAAUUAAUGGUAACUGCUUUUUUAGGAAAACACUGAAUGUAAUAAGACAUUUUAGAUUUGGCGUUCUACAUACAUUGUUACAUUGUCAACAUGUUAUUUUUAAUCUUGGAGUCAAAUUGAAAAAAAAAAACAUUGGCCCAUGUUAUUUACAUUUUCCCUGAUAACCUCUCUACUGCAUUUAUCACAAUUUUUCAAGGGAAGAAAAGCACAUCUGACCGAGUCAUUAAAGGAUGGCUCCAUUCUGUAACAUCAGCCGAGCAAGCGUUAGUAGGAUGGUGCAGAAAUGUUAUGUGUGAAGCUAGAAAACUUAAAAAAAAAGAAAAAAAAUCAUGAUAUUACUGGAAUGAUGCUGAGGAUGUAAUACAAGGUCUGCAAGUGCUGCUGAAAAGACACUAAUGGCCUCUUACAAAAGAGACAGUGUAAACUUUCUCUAAAGAAAUGCUCAUGAGACCGGUUCAGUUUAGAAAUCUUUACCUGUAAAUAUUUUGUUCUUAUGAAAUUCAAAGCAGCUAUGAUGAGCAGCAUCGGGUUCACGGUUUAAAACCCUCUCUGGUUGAAAUUACCUUGUCCUGCCUCCUAAUGCUGUCUCUGCUUUUAUCUAGCUUUUUUUCAUUUUCCUCUCAGCCAUCUGUACACUUUGUGGGAUCUGAUAAUCUGUAACCUCUGCACCAAACAGAACACUAUGAGGACAUAAUGUUCUCUUUGUUGUGAAACCAGCCUACUUUAUUUGUGAUAAGAGGGUAUUAGAGUAGAGAGUUAUUUCUUAGAAAGAGAAACAUGCAUUGCAGAGGAUAUUUUUUAUUCCAUUAUAGUUCCUUGGCUCUCUUUGGACUAUCUUAUAGAACUCAGUGAUCCAGAUGACCUCCUCUAUGAAGUCGAACAUUGAUAUAAAAUACAGUGUUAAACACGAGUAGCUUGAGUGACAUGUUAUUGUCAUAUCUAACAAUAUUUUACACAAGACUGCAAUUUUGCUGUCUGAGGCAAAGCAAUUUCUUCUUACAUUCUUCUUUUUUAUCUCAUCUCUUCACAUGGCACCUUGUCAUCAGUGGAAUGAAACCAUCAAGCUGUUCAGAGGAGGCAUGCCGCUGAGGAGGCACUGGGCCCACUUCCGCUGCUAUGAUUGCAGUUUCACAGGAUCCGAGGCUGUAGAUUAUCUGCACGAGCUGCUGAGAAGAAACUACAACUUUGGACCUGAGGUAACUCGCUACCAAACUCUACAGCUGCUCAAGAAGUUUCUCAAGGCCCACGUCAUCGAGGAUAUUAAAGGACGCCAUGGUACAGAGGACUUUGAAGACAGUGGUCAUCUGUACAGGUAAUACUCAUUUUAUUGUAAGACUGUGAUUCUUCUGACUAAAUCUGUAAUUUCAGACUUAAAGACCUAAAAAUGUUGCAUAUUUGAAUCAUGGGUGUCCACAAAAAAAGAAGAAAACUGGGUGUAGUAAGCUCUUACCUCAAAUAAGAAGGGAUUUACAAUGUUGGACUUCAUUCAAACCUCAUUUUGGUCUGCACCAAUAGACACACCUCAACUCACUCUUAAACUAGAAUCUGCCUGUUGCUCCUAUUUUCUCUGAGUGUUUGUUUUAUAACAGACAUAAAACAAGAAAAGAUUUUGAUUAACAGUUAAUUGUAAAUGCAUUAAUUUUCAUAUGUAGACAUAGAUGAACAUGUAUUGUCUUUUCAACACUUCAGAAUACUUCCAUAUAUUGUGGGUGCAAACAUGCUGUCAUUGCUUUUGCUCAGUCAAUGCAUUACCUUAUCAGCCAUAUACCGUAUUUUUCGCGCUAUGAGGCGCACUUAAAAUCCAUUGGCUUGUCAGAGCACUGCAGCUACUGUAGCCUCGUGGAAUUAUUGAACGAGUUAAAUAAAUAAUGCGCCUUACAAUCCGGUGCACUUCAUGUAUGACAGGGUUUUUCCUGGCUCAAAUUGAGGCAGAGGUGGCACCAUCCUGACCAUGCGCCAUGACGUGCAUGUAUUUGUAAAUUCAACUGACUCAUUUUCUUUUACAGGCAACAUACUUUAAGUUAAGAGUUCAAAAAAGAGUGUGACCAUUAUCAUGUUAAAGCAUUCAUUUAUUAAAACUAUAUACAUACACAAAUCAGCUGGCAACUUUAAAUUGAAAGUACACUUCAUCCACACAUCUCACAACCAGACAGAACAUUUCAGCCUCCUCUUUUUCAUUCUGUAGAACCUCCUCAUGCACUCCUUGUAGUCCAAGGCCUCCUGGUCUGGUCCAUCAACGGCCACCUUACAACAGACAUCCAAGUGCCUUUCCUUCAGUCUGUUCCGCAGAGGUGUCUUCACCUUAAACAAAACAAUUCAUCAUGCAUUAAGUAUUUUUGUUUUUAUUCUGAUACAGACAUGAAGAGUGAUAGUGUUUUAAUCAUAUAUUAUAUAUAUGUAUACGUUGCAGUGUCCUCCCUAAAAAAACGACAACCAAUUAUUUCUUAAACUAUCUAAACUAUGUUAUUUUAGUUUUUGUAACUUUAUUAGUUGAGUGUUUUUAGGUACUACAAUCUUUAAUAUACUUCUCCUUCUCUUCUGCUGCUUUGUGAACGGCUGUCACCUCAUGUCUUUUUAAUGUGUCCAGCCUGUAGUUGGUUGAUGGCUGUCUCACUAAGGAGGCAGCAAUUGCCUGCUGUGUUGGGGCACAGUGCUUUUGGCAUAAAUAGCAGUGCAUGCCUUCCUCAGUAUGCCUGAGCCAGGUAAAUUGAUUGAGCCACUGCUUGUCAAAGCCACUGGCUCUGUGUUUUUGAGAAGAUCUAGAAAGAGAAAUAAAAACCACGUACACGUUGGUUUUGCGUUGUUAUGCUCCUAAUUGGAAACUAAUUAAUUAAUUACCCUCACCUCGCCGACUCGUCCUGUCCUGCAUUCUGACCCUCGCGAUCACCAGUCCCUUGUGAAGUACUUUCAGACCUGACACAAAUGUCCACGUUGUCCCCACCAUGAGUUAUAGCAUUUUAACUGCCUGUUACGUUUUUUCUCUGCUGUGUUUCACCUGGACUCUUGACUUUCCUCCUCGCGAGGUCGCUUUUUAAAGUACUGGCUGAUUUUGCCUGUCAUAUCUGCAACGCUAAAAAAACGGAGGAAACUUUUUUUUUAAUAAACACGUCAUGCUUGGAUGCAAAAAAGACAAGCAGUAUUUACCUGUUUGUACCAGCCGCCGGGGAAAAUCAGGUCGCCGAUAGCACCAACUAGCGGGAAAAAAACUUGAAAAAACAUGAUUCGAUCCGUUUCUUCUUCGGUAGAUGCUUCAGGUCUUUCCGGUGCACUGCUGUUGAUAUAGCGCCUUUAUAGUGGCGCAACGCUGCAACUGCAGUUAAAAUACGUUGCUGCUGCAGAGGGACAUCAUACACUCAAUCAACACAGCUGGAGCUUUACGCUGUGUUGAGCGAAAUCAAUCGCUCUGGCUGGGGGCGGCACAAAAUUAGGUGGAGGCGGCCGCCACGCAAUUUUGAACGCAGGAAAAACCCUGUAUGAGAAUAGACGCGAAUAGAUGCGUUCAUUGAUGGUGCGCCUGAUAAUCAAGUGUGCCUUUAUAGUGCGAAGAAUACGGUACUGUGUGUCGCCAGAAUUGCACAUCUGUUGAUACUUCAGCUUAAUAGUUUAACCUAUUAUCCACAGAUAUGGUCACUAAUUGUAUUGUGCAUCUCUAAAACAAUUAGACCAAGGUUUGUUAAUCUAUUAAAAUGAUAUUUAGAGCUGCUUUAUGCACAUUUAAUUAGAUUUAUUUAUCCCUGAAGGGAAAUUCAAUAAGUGAAUAAAUUUAAAGUGCUUUAGAGAGGAGAUUAUCAUUUUACAUUCUAAAAAUAUGAGAGAUAAUGUCAACAAAUGUGUUUGUGUUUGUGUGUGUGUGUGUUUUGGGUCAAUGCAAAUCACCUAUCGCAUGCCUGACAUCAGCGUAGCGCUUAAUAGCUGUCUUUGAGUUUGCUGUUUUGGUGACUCAGACAUGCUUAUUUCACUCUAGUGGAUAUUGUAGUUGUAUUUCAUCAUUGUACUGUCAUUAAAUGACUGAAAGGUGGGACUAUUGUUUGUGUUUUUGAUUAGAACAUUAAAUGACCUGCUUGGUUAACUAGACGUGCUGCUCUACAUUAAAGUAGAGGCUGUCAUUUCUUUGUUAUUAACCUGUGAAAAACAAAGAAGAAGAAAUGAGGCAACUUUGUCUCUACCUCUUGUGUGUUCUUCAGUACACACAACACGUUAUGAGGAGUUUGCCUGUAGCAAUAGGGCAGCUGAAGAGAGGAAAUGUGGUGCCUCGGGAGUGGGUGAAGACAUGCAGCAAAGGUUCAUGGCCUGGAGUUGAACUAGUGACCACUGCAACGAGGACUUUAACACCAGAGCAUGGGCCAUGUUCAUUCAGAAUUUAAGAAUCCUGGUUACAGAGUAAAGCAGCACUUCCUUUAAAACUAAUGUUCUCCAUCAUUAUUGACCAUUUCUCAGGAUUUAACUUUAUAAACUAAAGUCUUUUGACAAAGCUCCAACAGCUGCUCCUUCUUCCUGCAGAAGGAUGUAGCUCAGAGGGACAGAGAUUCAAAAAAGUGAUAGUGAGUAAUGGGUCCUGAAGCAGUAAUAAAAUACUGGCUCUAAAUUUUUAGCUGUUCCCUGCUGUUGGAAAAAAGGCACUGACAUUUCAAAGUUCUGGUGCUUUUUCAUACUUCAGUCUUCCACCCUUCAGCUGACCCAGUGUUCUUUACUUCCUUUUCAGGUUCCCAACUCUUUCUCCUCUAAAGUCUUUUCCAACAAGACCUCCUUUGAAGGACUGCGCUGACUUGCCCAGACUCAUUCGUUGGGAUGACUAUGAAGAAUUGCCUCAGCGGGAAAACAUUGCACCACAGAAGUCUUCUGUCAUGGUGAGAGAAAGAAAGAGAAGUUGCUGCGCCUCUUUUGGGCGUGUUUUGACCCAUGCUGUCCUUAAAGUGCAUAGGCAUUUUGGAAACUCAAUAAAUAGCCAAUGGAAAAAUUUGAUCAUUUUCUCUGUCCCAGUUUCUAAUGUGAACUAUGGUUCUCCGUUUUUUUAAAUGUCAUUUUUAUAAAAUACAAUCAAACUAGAAGGAAUUAUUACACUAUAAAAGCCCAACUGAUAAACUACUUUGAGGUGUCUCUAUCUCUUUGAACAGACCUCGGAUCUGUGGAAUAAAAGGCACAGUGUUGCUAUCGGGGAUGUCCAUGAAUGCAAGCUCAUACGGCGGAAAGAGAUCACACCAAAACAAGUGGACCACAUUUGGAAAUCACUGACUGUUGUACAGUAUGUGAAACUUUUACUUCACUUACUUUGCACCUGAACUCUUGGCGUUAAAGGGAUAUUCCAGCGUAAAUUUGGUUAGGGUCAAACACACUGUAACACUGAGUUCGACAGCUCGAUUGUUGCAGACUGCUUGCUUCUCUAGUUUUACCAACUUCAGCAAUGAGCCCUGACAAGUUGAUCACCAAGUGCAGUGGAGUUUCGCAGCUCAAGGAAGAACAUUUAUGAUCAUCACUUCAUGGAAAUGCAAUCAGACCGAGAUCCUAAGGCAGAAGAACUACCCCGUCUGCAGUGCAAAAUGAUUAUUAUGAUGAUUAUUACUUCAUGGAAAUGAUUCGCUGCACUCGGUGAUCGACUCGUCAGGGCUCCCCCCACAAACAAGCAGCUGCUGGAGGAGAGUGGGUAAGUUGCGUUUGGUCUCUUUGCUAAAGAAAUCAGGCAAAGCUAAAAGAUGUUUGAUGGCUAGUACUUUGGCUGGGACCCUAUAUGUACUGUUGAUGAAGUUAGGUGCUGUUCUGAGCAUUAUUUGUGGCUAUAGAGUGGCUUUUUGGUUGAGGUUUGCACAUGGAGAGGUAGACUGCUGUGUAUUGCUAUUGUGCUGUUGUUACUAAAGUUGGUAUAACUAGAGAAGCAAGCAGUCGGCAACAUUCAUCUCUCACGGGGCUGUCGAACUCAGUGUUACGGUGUGUUUGACCCUAACUCAAUUUUGCGCCGGAAUAUCCCUUUGAGGUAAACUCUUGUAUAUGAGCUCUUUAAAAACAAUUCAAAUUUUUUUUAUGUCAGUUAGGCAUAAGGCAACCUCCAACAGAGCAGAAUCAACAGGAAUUAUUCAGCUAAAAAAGCAAAAAGUGCAGAGCUCAGUAAUUAUAUCGUAUUGUUCCAUCAUGUGUGCUGACAGCGGUUAUUUUUCUCAUCCCUCUGCUUGAAAGCAUGUUCUGUCACUUUGACAGCCAGGUAAUCGUGAAUAACUACUCUUUUAACAGUGUUAUUUAUAUCAUGAAUUAAAAGAAAAAAAAAAUACAUAUAUAUAUAUAUGUAUAUAUAUAGACAUCACUAUGCUACAUUUUUCAGCAAUCUCAGCCCACCCCGGAGCCCCUGAAGGGUGCGGACACCCAUUUUGGAAACCUCUAGAUUAUUGAUGCUGUAUCUGUUCUUGUAGUUUGCAGAGAGUGUUGGGCCUAAAGUCAUUGGAUGGAGUUUUACACCCAGCGCAUGUGAACGGCAAGCACAUUGUUCACAAUGUGUUCAAGGUUAACAAAUCGGGCAUUGUAGUGUUGGAGAACAAAGCAGGUAUGAUACAUUUUAAUUAAGACUCAAAGAAAAAUUGUUUGAGGGCAACUGGGAAGGAUGUCAUGACUCACUUGUUUGUUUGCACCUCCAGAGGAUAUGCCAUACUGGGUGAUCUCAGCGAUGAAAUGCCUUGCAAACUGUGAGUAUACACGCUGUUCACUCUAAAAAAUUCUACUGGCACUGAAGCUGCACUUGAAUCUUUAAGUUAAACAGUUUAUUUUGUGUCGAGAUAAACUGUAGUUAAAUCCAUUUUAGUGCGGUCUUUAUGAUGCACUGAAAUGCAUUUGUCCUCGCUCUCCAGGGCCCAACGGCAAUGAAACCAAACAGCCAGUGUACCCAGGCUUUGAGAGGGAUGUGCUGAGAACAGUAGGAGAUUACUUUCAGAGACUCAAAGAACCCCUGCUCACUUUCCAUCUAUAUGAAGUCUUUGUCAACAUUCUCAGUGAGUACAUCAUGAUGUGUUUUCCAGAGCUUAUAUUUGUGCUACGCCAGAGAUAAAACAGCAGCUGGUGUUUAUUUUGUGUAGCCUGUGUGUUUGCCCUCAGGAGCUGUACUUGUUGUUUCUCAUAUCUCUGCAGGCCUGCUGCACGAGCAGGACGUGGCCACUGAGGCUCUACAGGUCAGCAGUCUCUUACUGCCCCCGCCAAACCGAAGACGUCUCCAGCUUUUACUGCGUCUCAUGGCUCGGGUCUGCCAGAAUCCCCUUCUACCUCCACUCAAUGACACCAUAGCUACCCGCACACUGGUAUGCACAGCUGACAGUUAUUUACAAUGUCUCUAUUAACCACUGAGGGUUAAUAAGACCAUAAAUGUGGGAAAUGGCAUAAAUCAGCGUUGUAAAAUUAGGGCACAGCAUGAUGAAAAAAACACAAUAUGAGUGUCCCAGUCCUGGAGCUGGCACUUCCUUCAGAAAGCUAUUAGGUAGUAGCAUUUCAUAAUGAGCAAGCUGAGUUAAGUUUGCCUUAGUUUUGUUUGUAUUGGAUUUUAAAGAUGAAAAGAACACUGACAAAACCUCCCCUGCUGGGAGAAGAAAAGAAAAACAUGCAAGCAGAGAGGCGCUGUGGGAAACUAAGUGUGUUCAGAUUCUUUCCAACCUUUCAAUAAGUUAUUAGGAUGCAGGGCAAUGUUUUCAAAGAGGUGAACAACCUCUCUCUACCCCCCUAAAUAUAUAAAGCAGAAUAAAGACUAGUCUGAAAUGUCUCAUUUUUCGACAGAGGAUUUGGUCUUUAAUUGGCCAAUAUUUGUAUUCAAGGAAAUAGCAACGUGUAUAAGCUAAUUUCAAAAUGCUUGUCAUGUUCUUGUGUUAUAUUGAUCAUAAAUAAUGAAUAGAAAUAGGAACAGCCAGUUUCAUUAUCUUGAAAAUCACCCAUAACAAAACAAGGUAACUUCCUGCCAAUGUCAAUAAAAUUUAUAGUGGGUUUGUGUCACCCAGAAGUCAUUUAAAAGCUGUCGGCAUAGAUGUGUCUCACUAAAUGUCAAAUUGAAAUUGAAAGCUUGUCCAUGCACACCUCAUUCUAGAGGUUAUUUUGUUCCUGCAGUCAGCAUUUCACAAAGCUGCCUGUCAUGGUAUCAUUGUUAUAAUAUGGACGAUGUGAAAACUAGAUUUGGCGUUGGUUCAGUCAUACUAAUCAUGUUCACAUCAGCAGUAACAGCCUCAGACUUGUGCUGCUGUCUCCACAGAUUCUUGGCACUCAACAGCGAGCGCUCUCUCUUGAAUACCCAAGGUCACACCUCUUUAGAGAUAUAAAGACAAAAAGACACCAAUUGAAUCACUCCCGUCUCCGUGUAAACAAAGUUUGCACAAACAAAGUUUCUAAAAGUUAAGAAGAAAAGCAAAACUUGAGGAGGUGACAAAACUGAACAGGGAAUGAAUAUUUAACAGUUUUCUGCACAUGUCUAAUCGCAGUAAUUCAUAAGCCUGUCAAACUUGAUUAGAUCUGAACUGCCAAGAUGAUAACUUCAGGCCAGAUCAAUAUCAGUCUUAUCACUGCAUACAUCAAGAAUUCCAAUAUUAAAAGCAAAGAUGAUGUCUGUUCUGUCAUUACUUUGGAUUUAUUGUUCAGAUCUUACUUAAAUGUGUCUUUUAAGAUUCAUGUAAAACUUCAGUUAUGGGCCGUGUAGUGUUUGCAGCCUCUGAUUUUCUCCUGUUGUGGUCUCCUUGCAGAUGGUACAGAUGUUUUCACACUGCGUCCUGGGCUCAGUAGAUGAGAUGGACCUGGACGAGCUACUUGCCACAAAACUGGUGACCUUCAUGAUGGAGCACCACAACACCAUCUUCCAAGUCCCCUCCAAGCUGCGUCACCAGGUUGAAGAGCACCUUUCCCACCUCAAAAGGGUCCAGGUCAGUAAACUGAGACGAAUUAUGCAUCAUUACUGAGCGACAGUUUGUGUGUAGGGGGGUCUUCUGGUCUGAGCUCUCAGCAUUUGCGAACUCAUGUUUCUGCUGCAGCUGCUCCCUCCCACAGUCCAUUUGCUCUGAGACAUAUCUGUGCAUCAUUAGUGGAAAUCUUGCGCCAGAGAUGUGGUGCAGUCGCUUGUAUAUUUAGUUAUUUGUAAACUGAUAUGUUACUGUUAAAGGAUAACACUUGUCAUAGUAACUUGUGCCUCCCCAAGGCUCUCCGAGUUAGGGUGCUCUCCAUCCUUACUCAUGGGUUAUUAUAAAAAUGAAGAUUGAGACAUACAGUAGUCAUGAUAUCACAAAAAACCUGAUAACAAGCACCACCACCGAAUGAGGCAAAAUGCUGAUGCCUCAGUUUUAACAGCAGUUUUGUGUCAUUCAUCGCAGUAUUUAGAUUUAGUUCAACAAACUGCCAGAAGUUUUAAAAAGACACGAAUCCAAACUAUAGACUGUAUAUAGAAUGGACGCUGUCUGCUUCCUCGCUGGGUGAAGCCACCGCGAGAACAGCACCCUCUGGUGACGGGCUGCAGUAUAGGUCAUAAAUCCCGCCUCCUCCAGCAAUCCCUAUGGAGCUGUGGACAAACUUUAGAGAUUAAUUACACAGAAUAUAAAUUUUUCUUCCCCCUGGUUGCGAUGUUGACAUGUAGUUACUGGUUUGUGCUCAAGUCCUCUUUUUUCUGUGCAGCGUCAUUUUUAAAAGUUAUUGGAUUCAUUUUUUCUACAAUUGACACGUGAUACAGACUAUGGGCGUACGAAGAUUGUGUAGCUCACCCAGGGGAUACGCUGUUUGAGCCGUGUGUCAUCACAGAGACUCUUGAUGACUCUCCUGCCGAAUGCGUACAACGCCCCUGCACCAGUGGUGGUUCCAGGAAGUGGAGAAAAUCCCAGAAAUACUGAGAGCAAUUUGGCUUCAAAUCCGUAUAAUGACAGAAGGCGGAGCCAAGUUGUCCAUAGUUUAUACAGUCUAUGAUCCAAACCCUUUGUGAUUAUGUUAACUGAAAAACCCCAAAAAGCUGCACAGCAGGGGAAUAGAUAGUUACAUCAGAAACUUAUUUGCAUUAUUUCCAUCACUAUACAAGCUUACUUUGUAUCACAUCCCCGUUUCUUAAAAAGAAAAAAAAACAACAUGAAAUGCUGUAUUGAAUCUCAAUAAUGACAGAAUUUAACGAUUUGUAUAUCCCUAGGGCCAGCAAUCUAUUUCCAACAAGUCUGGGCAUGGUCAUUUUGGUCUGCUUCAAACUCACACAGACGAGUUCAGAUUUUGUACCUUGUCUGGUUUGCUCCUGUCAUAAACUCCUCUGUUGUAAGAUCUGUGUUCAUACGUAUUACACUAAGGAUGAAAAUUUAAAAAAAGCUGAUCAGAGGACACUUUUUUUGUUGUACUGAAACACAAUGUCCCUGUAGCUUGUUGUUUAUCUGUUUCUGUGGCUAUCUUCAGAAAUAUAAAAAAAAGGCCUCUGUGUAGUAGUCUGCGACGCAAGAUACCGUCAUUAUAACCCUGUAGGAGCGAUAGUACCAUUUCUUUUGAUGAAUAAGUGGCCUUGCAGCUUAUAUAACAUUUAACAGUGGGGUACACUCUCACAAUAUAGAAGGAAACAUUAUGAACUGCUGUGAAUCUUACAGGGACAAGUAGUGGUUUGCUCAGUGUCUGUAUGCAACACUGGUUGUUAUUAGGCAUGUGCCGAUAUGAAAAAUUUGAUGUCACGAUAUCGGUGGCCCAAAAUAUCACGAUAUUAUCACGAUAUUUGCGCAUUGCUUUUAACGUUAUUAAAAAUGGCAAAAAACUGCGAAAUCACUUUUCUGUGCACAGCAUGACAUGCACAAACAAUAUGUUGUUAUUGUUUAGAAAUUGUGCAGGACUGGUGGAGACAGGCUUGAAGAGCUGUAGUUUGUGUUUGAUUUAUCCUUUUUCUUCUAUAGAGGGUGAUUGCUUUGCUUUGGUUGAUUGAUAUUGAUGUAUUCAUGUGUUUUCUUUGGCAGGAAUAACCAAAUAUGCAGAACGCAGACUGUAUUGACUGUCAACAUCAUGUGUUCAACAAAAUAAAAGCCUGAAAGAUGUGAUCAUUUUAGUCCAACAUUGGCAGCUAAAGCUAACACAUCCCACGCUGGGAUGAGGACUGAAAACAUCUUGAAACUCAGAAAUUGUUUUUUCCGCAUAUAUUGAAAAAGGUCUAUACUCAUCUAUAAAAGAGAAAAGGAGAGCAUUUAUGAAACAUACAGCAGUUUGUGUCUCUUGAUAUGUUCACUCAUCCAACAUUUCCCUUGUGUCUUCUAUCAGAUCAAAUACGCCGGCUCAGAUACAGACUUCACUUCAUCUCCGGCCUUCUGUAAACAGAUCAGCAGGGUGGACUCUGAGGAGCAGAAGGUGAUAGGGACUCAGACCCCCCUGCAACAGCUGCUUGAAGGCCUGAUUGCAGACACAGAACUGCCUGCCAAGGACAAGAAGAAAAGGCUCAAACAGGUAUGGCUUUAUUUAUUCGUAAAGCAACAUGUUAAAAGAGAACUGUCACAAAGUAAAAAUCUUAGUGAAGGUUUUAUUUAUUGGAAAUGUUUUUUGAAGUUGCUCUGUUUUGAGUCUUUUUUCUUAAAGUUGGUGUGUUUUAUAUGUGUAAUCCCAAGAUCACAAAUUUCUGGAGGAGCUGAUAGAUUUGGGCACAGGAGUUCAAAGAAUUGAGUUAACUUUGGUUUGCAUAUAUUAUUCAAUAAUGAUACAUAUCCCUGCUACCUCUGUAGUUUCAGAAGUCGUACCCAGAGGUCUACCACAACCGAUUUCCCACUGAGGAAAGCAAAGCCGCCGUCAUACCUGAGAAAGCCCCCCGGCUCAAACCUCAGCUCAUGUUCUUCAACCUCAAGAAACCCUUCCAGCCUUUCCAGAGGAGCUGGAGUUUUAGGGCGUGAUCUGCUGCUGCUCUGACACAUCUGCACUACAGGCUGCAAACACAACUUAACACAAGCAUCACGAAACAAAGGAGCAGUGUCACGGUAACGAUGCUCCAAUCUCACACAAGAUAACUGUAAAUUAACUACAGUGGACUUUGUAUUACUCUUAAGAAAGGAAGGGAUCAGCUUGCUUACCUAGGAAACAUUUAUUAUCAAGCACUAAAAACAAUCAUGGAUAUAUUAAGAUUGCUGAACUGACCUUACAAAAUACAUUUGAAUUUAAUGUAGCGAUAGAAAACUUGAACAAACAAAUUAGUAUGCUGUAAUAGCACUAGCACUGAAAGAACCACUGAUGUUUCUUUGUAAAAGAACACUAAACAGUUGUCCUAAUAUUUAGUGAUUUGCCUAAUCCUUGGCUAAAAUACUGUAUUUUUGAAAAGACCAUAGCAUAAAUAGGAGGCUCCUGACAAUGCCGUGUACACCUCGAACUAAAUUCAAUAAGAGCAUUUCAAAAAUAUCAUUAGAUAAUUAGUUGCUAAUGUAAAAAGUUUGUAAAAUUAACAAGGGCCAAUUAUUGUUACAUAGUAUUGUACAGUGUUGAAAAUACAGACACAUUUCUUGGUAUCACAAACCUUUGUUAUAAAAUUUCAAGAUUACGUAUUUCAUUGGCUGGAUUUCUGCGAUGCAAAGUUGCAUUUCAUGAUCAGAUUUUUCAUCUCAAUAUCGAAUCAGUCCCUAUAUUUUUAAAUUUAGGGUAUCAGAGCCUAGAUGCUCAAGUGAACAUAUCAAGUGAUUGCUGAGAAAGGAAAUGUGACUUGUUACAUGUGUAAAAAGUUCUACAUCGAGCCACACAUGAGGGAAAAGGUCAGUCAAAAGUAUCUCUUUCUGAACACCUUGAGUCCUAGUGUCGGAAAGGUGAAGAUGUUCACACCACUCUUUCUCUAUCUCUCUCACUCUUCCCAGUAACUUACUUGAAAGGUCUUACUGCCUAACUGCACUCUAAGAACAACUCAUUUCAUGUUUUUACAUGUUGGUUUUAUUCUGUAUAUAAGAACUAUUUUUAUCUGUUGGUACAUAUCUCAAUGUCUGGAAUACUCUUUCACUGUAUUCUCUGUAUUUCGUCAUUCUCUACACGUUGCUGCUCUGUCACUUCAAUCAGGUUGUAUUUCACUUAAUUUGAAACUUAAUUGUGUUUUUUUUUAAUUUUUAUAAUAAUUUAGUGCUGAUAUUUCUGUCUACAUUCCUAGAAAAUCUCUUGAACAAAUAAUGCUGGAAUUACUGUUACACUUGAACUGCUGCUCUUACCCGGAAAAACACCGGCUUUCAUAUAAAACUGUGUUUGGGAAAA